CUCCAGCACAUGCGCAACAGGCGAGAGGCGGAGGUGGAUGUUGAUGACGAGGUGGGGGCGGACGGUUUCUCCAGGGACAACUCGUUUGGCGCUGAGGGUGGGACUGUGGAAGUGGAGGAGGAGGAGGAGGAGGAGGAGGAGGAGGAGGAGGAGGAGGAGGAGGAGGAGGAGGAGGAGGAGGAGGAGGAGGAGGAGGAGGAGGAGGAGGAGGAGGAGGAGGAGGAGGAGGAGGAGGAGGAGGAGGAGGAGGAGGAGGAGGAUGGGAAGGGGGAGGAGUAGGCAGGAGUUGACUAGUGAUG